AUGCAUCUUCGAAAUGUGUCUCUACUGGCAAGUCAAGGGCGAACAGUUGGUCAUCGGGGCGUAUACGUAGACGAUCUACUCGCCACCGGCACGUGCGCUGCAGCCGUCGAUCGCUUCUUCGUCAAUCUCGGCAGCUUAUCGAUCAAUGACCUCGGCACCGUCAUCAAGUUUCUCAACAUGCGAGUCACGAUCGACAACUGUGAAGGCUAUGUGCUCGACCAAGAUGAGGUGAUCGGCGAGCUGCUGUGUGAGCAUGGGAUCGAGGAAGAUAGCUCGACGAAGUCACCAAUCGGCGCUGACUGCUACGAUGUGCAAACAGAUGACAACCGCUGCUCACCGCGACUAAGAUGCCUUGAGCGCUAA